CAAAAAUAAAUAAUAUUAUCAUUUGGAACCAUUUGUAACCAUUUCGCCAAGUAAAUGCAACUGAAGUCACUCAUAUAAAAAAAAUUGCAGUAUGAACUUACACAGUGAUAUGUUUCUAAUUUAUUUUGUGACAAAUAAUGUUUAGUAUUUAAUAAUUACUCAUAAGUUGAAAAUAACAUUUCAAUUACCUAAAUCUUAUCAUAAUAAUAUUAUACGACACAACAAUGAUUUCAAGACGUUAAAUUAUACGAAACGUACUUAUAAAAUAUGGGUAGUUGUGGAUACCUAAAAAUUUCGUGCGUCCUUGGGAUAAUAGUGAGAAUAGCACUUAAACUGUGGGCAUAUUCUGGAAUAGUUCUUGUAAUAUGUUUUCUUUUGUAUUAUUUUUAUGGUGGAUAUUUCGCUUUUGGGUUGCUAGUUUUUGCAUUAAUAGGUAUUUUUUACCAUGCUCAAGACAACUUCCUAUACUAUCCAGAUUUGCCCACUCAUUCUAGAGUGUAUGUGCCUGUACCAACAAUAUAUGGUCUUCCUUACGAAAAUGUGAACAUUGUUACACCAGAUGGAAUAACACUACACAUGUUUUUUAUACAUCAACCCAAAGAUAAGCAACACAAAUCGCCAACGAUUGUGUUUUUACAUGGUAAUGCGGGUAAUAUUGGACACAGACUACAAAACUGUGUUGGCUUCUAUCACAACCUUAGUUGCAAUAUUUUAUUAGUUGAAUAUCGAGGCUUUGGUCUUUCACAAGGCUCACCAUCUGAAGAAGGACUGUAUAUUGAUGCUAAAGCAAGCAUUGACUAUUUAUAUGGAAGGAAUGAUAUUAAUCAUUCUGAAAUUAUAGUUUUCGGUAGAUCUCUUGGUGGAGCUGUAGCAGUAGAUUUAGCUAGUAGAGUCGAUUAUGCAGAUAAAUUAUGGUGUUUGAUUGUGGAAAAUACAUUUACUAGCAUUCCAGACAUGGCCAGAGUGUUGUUAAGUUGGAGGUUUAUUAAUUACAUUCCCCUAUUUUUGUACAAAAACAAGUUUUCAUCUUUUUAUAAAGUAAUGCACAUAAGAACCCCCACACUUUUUAUAUCAGGCAUGUCAGAUGCGCUGGUGCCUCCUGCUAUGAUGUCAGAAUUACAUAGUCGUUGCGGGAGCGCCAUAAAGCAGCUCUUGCAGUUUUCAACAGGCACUCACAACGAAACAUGGACAGUGCCUGGUUAUUAUCACGGGAUCGCUAUUUUUCUACAACACUGUCGUAUACAAAAUCCGGAAAAGAGUAACAAACGUGUUGAUGAUGAAAAAAUACGGGUCGAAAGUGUAAAAUGGGGUACCGUUGUCAACAUAUGAUGAGUACUUUCUUAGUACACGUACACUUUUUAUACGUAGUGCUAAUUAAACGUUUAUUGCAAAUAGUUUUGAAAGGCUAAUUAAUUGUAGCCAAUUAAUUUCAUUUUUACGUAAGAAAAAUUGUUGUUUGAUUAUAACUUCAUUUUCUUUUUUAUUGUUUUAAAAGAAGAGCUUUUUAACUUACAAUUGGCAUAAUAAUUUCUAUUGUUUCAGACAGUAAACUUUCAAAAUUAAAUAAAUACCUUAAAUAAAGUUGUCAUUUGCAAUAAACACUUAAAAUGGUUAUUUCACACCUUUGAGUCAGUAAAGGUGUGUAUUUUUAUAAGUUGUAAGUUUAUGACGUAAUAUAAGUUAUUAAAGGCAAUAAAUUAUAUCUU